AUGUCGUCUCGAUGUAUCGUUUUCACCAUCGUUAUCCUCGCUCUAUGUUGCCCUUAUGUCUGUCCUAUUGACGCUGAACAUCGUGCAGCCUAUGACAGAAUACUUGAAUGCAUUUCCGAAGGUGCUAAAACUGAUGAAACAGAAUGCAAUUUGCCAUUCGAGACCGUCAUCUGUGACACCUUCAAGGUUUGAAUCUUCUUUUUACCUUCUUUUUUGUUGUUGUUGUUGUUGUUGUUGUGCAUUUGAUCUCUCAUCUUUCUUUUUUAAAACAUUUAAAACGCGUCAGCUGCAUGUCAGCUACUAAAAAUUAGCAUAAAGGUGAAGUCUCCCGCUAAAUGAGAAAUAGGUCCGGAACACCCCGAACACUCUUCAAACACCUUUCUCGGGACUUGAAGAACUACCCGAAAAUCCUCUGACAUACACGGAAAAACUUAAUAUUAAGUAACAUGGAAGUGCACAUAUCUUAAUUUAGAAAUUGAACGCAACAAAUUGUCUUCCAUAAAGUAGAUGUGUCCGGGUAUCUUCUCGGAAGUGGUUCUUUUCUCGUAAGUGAACAGUCUUCGCAUUCUGCGUUUUUCCUUACGUGAAGUUCGACUGUAAUGGCCAGUUGUUUUUCCCCACGCCGACGAUGUUUUGGCUGGCCUAAUAUUUUUCUAUUGGAACAAAAUAUUUAUAAUGUUGUUCAACAUUUAAUUCCUUAUUCAUUGACUAUAGGUAAUGGAUCAAUGCCUUACAAAGCCUUUUGUCUCGACAAGAGCACACUCUAGUGAAAUCCUGGAUUAUUUCCGUGCUUAUCAGCUACAGCGGGUUAUUCUUAUUAAGAAGUCGAAACUGUGCCAGAAACCGCCUCCAUACAGCAAACUAAAAAAUUUGGUCAACAAAUCUGGUAAGAGGGUGUAGGGGGUGUGAGUCAGCAAUCAUCAUUGCGCAGAUAGGUAUAAGAUUACGCAAACUGCUCACCUACCUAUCCACCGACCAAAUAUUUCUGAAUUUAAGCAACCACGACAACGACAAAAACGAAAACAUCGAAAAAAACGAACGGAUUAAUUGAUUGAUUAUAUGAGCAAAAAAAGCACUGCUCGUACUUUACUCUUAAUACUGCAUAUGAUUAACGGCCAUAGCACGACUUCCACGUGAAUGCGACUCUCACGACGACGAAUCUUCCUUUCCCUUUUUAAGCUUAGAUAGAGUUCUUGAGAAUACACGUCCGAGAAAAUUUGCCUUCAUUUGAAAAAUUUAUUGAGGCCAAAUAAACGCGAUAUGGUUGAGAAGAACACAAAUUUAUUUUUAUACAGUGGAACCCCGUCUUACGACCACCUCGUUAUUACGACCAUAUUUUUUCGACCCAAACGUAAAAAUCACUGAGUCAUUUUAUUAUGAUUAAGACCCCGUUAAUGCGACCGCCUUGGUAUUACGACCAGGAUUUUAUGGCCCAACGGUGGUCGCAUUAACGAGGUUCCAUUGUACACUCAAAGCUCUCGUAAGCGACCACCUCGGAAAUUCGAAUCAGUUGUCGUAACUAGUCUUCAGUCGCUUACGAGAAUGAGCUCCACCCUCUAUUGUUUUACCACAGCGGUCGCUUACGAGAGCUCCAGACACUCAUUAAUAAUUCAUAAAGAAAAGAUAGGAAAACUAUAUUUAACAGUAAUGAAUGAGGCUGAGUAUCUUAUGAAGAAUUAUGGAGAUCGAGGAGGGUGUUAUCCGUCGAGGCCGUAGGCCGAGGCGGAUCACACUCUCCGAGAUCUCCAUAAUUCUUCAUGUGAUACGAAAGCCGAAUUCAAUAACUGUUUUAUUAUUCAUUCAAAAUAAUUCCUAGUUUAAAAACAUAGCUAAAACACGCUUGCCUCCAUCGAUCCAUCGAUGUUCAGGUCAUCUUCGAUAGUGUACGUUUAGGUUUGUCCAGCUCCGCAAAUAUCCUCCAAAUAGCAGAUGUCGCCCUUCGAGUUGCCUUCUUGCUGUUCUUGCCAUGUUUUUACCUAUUUUUUCGCCUAGUUCUUACUCUUUAAACGAGUAAAAUCUCCGCCAUUUUUUCAAGUUCACAACCAAAACAACUCAACCUCGUCCCCAGGCCUUCUCGGUUAACGGUGCCUUAACCUGCGAAAACGCUGCAUUUUUGACGUCAUUUCCUCGUUAAAGUCAAAUUUCUUCCAAAUUUGGUCAUCAGUAACUGGUAAUGGUGAAUUAAACUUGUGCCUUUAGCCAAUCAGAAUAGGGGAAAUAAUUGGAAUGAAUAAUAAUGAUGUUUAAUGAGUGUCUUUAUAUAGACACGGCUAAACUUCACGUCAAAUUCGUAGACUAACAUUACCCCAAGAUAUUUAUCAACGAACCAUUAGUGUAGUUUGCAGUUUCCUUAAAGUGUUGAGUUAUAUCAAUAAUCCCUUAAGACAUCUUAAAACAAAGGAAAGGUCCAGUUGAAUAAUCCCAAAAGUGGUUGCGGUCGCUUACGGCAGAGUUCGCUAAUGAGAGCUUUCCAGUUCAAACGGGGUUUCGCAAAGGUGGUCGUAACUAGAGCUGGUCGCUUAUGAGAGUGGAUGCAAGGAGAGCUUCGACUGUAGUUUCACUACCGCCGUCUUCAGUUUAUGGUUACUAAGCUCCGUAAUUUUUACCCUUUUAGUGAGACGUUAGGAUUAGGACGUUUAAGGGGAUAGAGCGAUUUUCGUAUGUCCUUAAAAAAUGGUUUCGGUAAGUGUUUGUUAUUUGUUUUAUCAGCCAAUGGAUGAAAAGAACAAAACAUGGACUAUUUGUUUUCCCGCCAAAGAAAACCCUAAUACGGAGAAGGCACUGUUCGAUUCACCAAUCGUGUUGCAGUAUGAAGUCAAAGCGAUUUCUAGAAAGUUCUUCGGGCAUAAAGUUUUUCCAGCCGAGCGUUCGCUUAACCUUCGCUUAACCAACCAAAAGCCAGGUGCCUUUGUAUCCGUUCGAUAAACCAAUCAAAUCGCUUUAUUUCCGUUCGUUUGUUGCUUCUGUUUUGUUCGUGCGUUUUCAUUUCAAGGUCAUACGAAAAUCGCUCUAUUAUUAUACGUACAGCACUACUGAUCAGGUUGUGCAAACAAAUUGCCAGACAUGUUCCUUGGAAUUGUCGGAAUUGAGUCACACAAUCUAAGCUUUAAGACGGAAUCCAUUAGGAAAUUGAGUAAUUUAACUUUCAGUGGAUAAAACGCCUGUCCCAGCGGAAUAAUUUUAAAGUAUAUUGCAUUCUUUUUUUACACUUUUCAAGCGCUAUAGGUGUAAUUAGUUAUAUGUAAUAACACCACAGAAAUUUCUUCUGGGAGACCGAGAAAACAAGUUUCAAAAGCUUAAAAUUUCACAAAAUGAAAUAUUUCGCAUGAAAUUUUAACUGUGUUCCAUAAGAAAUUGUGUUUAAUGUUAUUACAGAUAAUUUACCUAAUUAUUUAAUUAUUAAUUCAAUCUAUAGCCCUUGAAAAGUGUAAAAAAGAAUGCGAUAUCGCUUAGAUUAUUCUGGUACAGGGUUUUUGUCUACUGAAAAUCAAAAUUACUCAAUUUGCUCUGUUUCCUGAUGGAUUCCGUCUUAACACGAUACUUGAUAUUCUGAAUUUUCAAAUAGUGGCAUAGCUACAAGGAAAAAAAAAUCUUGUAGUUGGGGUUAAAGUGCAUUCCUACGAUAUAGUUAUAUUAUUAUAGUGGUGCUUGAGAAAUGCAAGUGAUUCGAACUAAGGUUUAACUGAAAAUAAAAAAAAUCUAUUUGCUUUCAAAGGUGAACGUUUAUAUGCGCCAUUGACAUAAUUAGUUCGCUUUUCUAUUCUUUUUCAGGAUUAAUGAAGAAAGAAAAAUUACAGAGUGUUGGUAGGUUCGAAGAGAGAUGAAUUGGUAACAAUCACUGUAAUUAGUACCCCAGCUGAGUAGGAUAUGAAGAAUUAGAAUAAGCAGAUCGAGGAGGGUUUGGAUAACAACACCCUCCGAGAUCUGCACAAUUCUUUUUAAUUCUAAAACAGUGGAUAGUGUUUUUCGCGCGCUCUUGCUGGCUACUCAAUCAGUGAAUAUCCUGCAUUAGUAUAUACUAAAACAGUGGAUAGUGUUUUCGCGCGCUCUGAUUGGCUACUCAAUCAGUGAAUAUCCUGCACUAUUCACUGAUUCACCUCCAGUUCCUCCGAGCGAGCGACGCCAAAUUCGGGUAAGUUGCGAGCAAAAUGCUUUCCCGGUUUGCUGCCGUAAACAAACAAACAAAUUUCACAACUAAUCAAGCAAGCUGUUUCCGAAAUACACGAAGAAGGUGACGAAGUUCGGAUUGGAGGUUUUAACAGGUAAAGCUUUGUCUUUUUGACACGAAUUUAUCGAUAAAACCAGUGAAAAAGUUUUUUGUUUACAAAUGCAAAUUAAGUUUAAGUCUUGCGUUACUUUAUUUAGUUGAGUUGUUCAUAAAUAAGCUUAAAACUAAAUUUAAUAAUCUUUUUUUGAAGAAUGAUUUUAAAUACAAAAAGAAUUCACAACUCCCUUUGAAGAAAUUUCCCCGCAAGAGCUAAACAAAUACCUUUAAAAGUUUUAAUUGUCGGCAAGAAAAAGCGACGGCCGCGGUCGCCCGGUCAUUACGCGCAAAAUUGUAAUCGUUGGCAACAGUAUUUGAGUUAAAAAUCAUCAUUUUUGUGCUCAAUUAUCUCACUGUUUUAGUAUAUACUAAAACAAUUAUUCACCUCAGUGUCGGUGGCUAGUCGUGGAUAUUUACGGAACUGCUUCGCACUUCGGUAAAUACCACGACUAGCCACCUCCACUUCGGUGAAUAAUUGUUAUCUAUUCAGUGAUUCACCUCCAGUUCCUCCGAGCGAGCGACACCAAACUCGCGUAAGUUUCGAGCAAAAUACCUUCCCGGUUUGCUGCCGUAACAAACAAAGAAAUUUCACAACUAAUUUAAAGCAAGCUGGUCCCAAAAUACACGAAGAAGGUGACAAAGUUCGGGGUUGAAGUUUUAACAGGUAAAGCUUUGUCUUUUUGACUUGAAUUUAUCGAUAAAACAGGCGAAAAAGUUUUUGUUUACAAAUGCAAAUUAAGCUUAAGUCUUGCUUUACUUUAUUUAGUUGACUUGUUCAUAAAUAAGCUUAAAACUAAAUUUAAUAUUUUUUUUUUACAGAAUGAUUUUAAAUACAAAAAGAAUUCACAACUCCUUUUGAGGAAAUUUGCCCACAAUAGCUAAACAAAUGCCUUCAAAAGUUUUAUUUGUCGGCAAGAAAAAGCGACGACAGCGGCCGUUACGGAAAUUGCACGCCAAAAUUGUAAUCGUUGCAGGCAACAGUAAAUGAGUUAAAGAUCAUCAUUUUUGUGCUCAAUUAUCUCACUGUUUUAGUAUGUACUAAAACAAUUAUUCACCUCAGUGUCGGUGCGUAGUGGUGGGUAUUUACCUCGCCGCUAACGCGGCCUCGGUAAAUAUAUCCACCACUUAAGCCACCUCCACUUCAGUGAAUAAUUGUUAUAUAUCCUACGAAAGCCGAAAGCACUAAUUCCUUUAUUAUUCGUUCAAAAUAAUUCCUAGCAAAUAAUUCCUAGUUUAAAAACAAGCUAAAACAUGCUUACCUUCGUCGAUGUUAAGUUCACCUCGAUAGUGCAUGUUUAGAAGAUAAAUGGCUGUUCAGGUCUGCAAACAUACUCCAAAUAGCAGAUGUUGUCCGUCGAAUUGUCUUCUUGCUAUGUUUUUUUGGCAAUAGUUUGUCGUGAAACGAGUAAAAUGUUCCGCCAACUGUUCGGCCAUUUUUCUUUUCACAACCAAAACAACUCAACUUCGUCCCCAGGUUUUCUCCGUCAACGGUGCAUUAACCUGCAAUUGUGCUGCACUUUUGACGUCAUCGGUUGAUUAAUCGCAAAAUUCUACCAAAUUUGGUUAACAGUAGCUGGUUAUGCUGAAUCAUGUAUGUGCUUUUAUCCAAUCAGAGACGGAGAAAUAUUUUGAAUGAAUAGUAAUCAUAAUUAUGUGGAGGGUAUUUGCUAAAAAUUGAGUUAGUCGUAAUUGUAAAAAAAGGAAAAGAAAAGCGAAAAAGUGGAAACGUUCAGAUAGAGUUCUUAAGAACAAAGUAAAUGUAAGCGAAAGUAGUUUAUCUGCAUAUCAUACGUAUCUUUGCUCUAAAAUUUGAGGAAAGAAGCAAAACAGCGAGUCCAAAGUUAGCAUACAAUUAGGACUUUCUGGGUUCUUAAGCUAUGUUAACGCCUGUUCAUCACAUGGAAUUUGAAUUAAACCGAAAUGUUUAUUGGUUAAAGCAAAAUUUCAAGGUUUUUUUAUCCUUAAAAAAGUUUUAUCCCUGUGAACGUAAGCUUAAGUGAAAAGAACGUUCAAAGAAAGUUACCAAUUGGUUCAAACUAGCCUUUAGCCAUAUAAAUUGGCAAGUUUACCUAAUUCAGCUCUAAACAGGUUUGUAAACUGAAAAAGAAUCAAGUAAACAGACAGUUUUACCCCGAACCUCCAGUUUUGGGCUUGGCUACAUUUAUACAUCAGAAAUGACUGGUGGAGCCUCUCUGCACCCUAAUUCGUCCUCUUAAAUUCAAGUACAGUGAAACCUGUAUUAAGCGGGCUCCCUCGGGGAAUGCUGUAGUGUCCGCUUAAUUUUGUUCUGAUAUGACAAGGCGAAAAUAUUUCUAUAAUGCUUUUCAGAGGGGGACCCCUAUGUGCCAUGCGCUGGUGAAAUAAGUCGCAAGUGCUAUGCAGAAGCUGUGAAUCUCUGGGUGUACCACUCCACUGCCCUUCGUAUCGAACAUGACUUCAUCAAGUGUUUUGAGAAGGAAUUAAAGGCCUGUGAUUUUCCAAUAGUGCGUCACAUGUCUGCCACAAUGGAGGCUUUCAAGAAGCACGUGCAAGAAAAACACGGAAUCUACAAAUAGUUAUAACAAGUAUUAAAUAUGCUAAAAACCCUAAACAAAGCAUGGGAUUGCCUCAAAAGUAAAACCCGCAGUAAAGAUAUAUUUGAAAUAAUGAAGCUGAGAACUUUGUUGAAAUUGCAAGGCAAUAAGAACAAAGAAAAAUCCGACGAAUAAUAAUCAGUGGGAAUGCAAACCACUAUAAUUGGGCUGCUUUUUGGAGUCGUAAAGAAAAACUUCAAUUAUUUAUUAGACGCUGGAGGAGCGAGGAAGAAAAUAAUCGAGCAAACAUAAUUUAAUCGUAGGGUUUUGUAUUUAAUGGUUAUUGAAUGAGGCUGUGUAUGAUGUGAAGAAUUAUGCAGAUCGAGGAGAAUGUUAUCCACCGAGGCUGAAGGCCAAGUCAAAUAAAAGUUUCCGAGAUCAGCAUAAUUCUUCACAUCAUACGAAACCUGAUUUCAAUUAUUGCUUUAUUAUUCAUUCAAAACAUUUCUAAGUUCUUACAAGCUUAAUUCUUCCGGACGUUCUUCAAAACUUAGGCCUAUAUCUCUCUGCACGGGUUCAGGAUGUAAAUAAAUGUUUUUUUGCUUUCUCUCGAAGAAAAUCCAUCGAGCAAUAUGUUUCGCGUAUUUUAGCAUUUCGUCCGUUCAUUUCUAAUCAGAAAUUCAGCAUUUCGUCUUCGGAUAGCAAAAAGGCCAUCUUUUUUAGUUCACUGCUCAAGCAGUCACCUUUCCGGGCAAAUAAACUGAAUCAGUCAACCUCAUUUCCAAUCAUCGAAUCGAUGGUAUAUUGCUGGCAUCUUCGAAAUAGAGUAGGCGCCAGUUGGUUAUAGAGAAUUUCCCUUGGUAUUGGUGCCAAUCAGACGGCCAAAUAUUUUGAACGAAAAAAAUAUAUAUCUUUUGCGUAUUCUUCAUUUCUUCCGUUCAGUAUUAUUCAGAAAAUCAGCUAGGUCGUCUUCGUCGUCAUUGUUUCACUAUUGCCCAAGCAGCCUGGUUUCCAAGCAAAUAUACUAUCGAUCAACCUCGUUUCAAAGCAAGUAUGCCAUCGAAUCGACGGUAAAUUGCUCGCAUUUUCCAAAUUAUGGUAAGGACCAGCUCGAUGUGAAGAAUUAGCUGGGGGAUUGAGGCCCAUCAGAAGCGGUGAAAUAUUUUGAAUGAGCAAUAAUACGAAAUGUUCUAUGAUUGGAUAGAUUUGUUGAUAAAAGCUGAUAAAACGACCAGAACUUAAAUACUAAAAGAGGUCGAGCAGAAGGUAUUACGAAGGAAGGUAAAGUUUACACCGAGGAUGAGCCUUGGCUUAUGUUACUGACAGCAGAUUUCACGUUCUCCUUUAAUUUCAAAUUAUGAUGAAAUUUCAUAUUUAUUAUUGAAAUGUUCAUUGCAAUUAGCAUUUUGUUGUUUGGGUCAUUCAACCACGUAUUUCCCUUGAGGCAGGAGUCAUAAACCCCCCACCCCUUCCCCUGACUAUUCAGGUAAAUGGAUUAGUUGGCCGUGUAGGAAGUUCCUAACCAAUGAGUAAAUUCGUACUUGUAAGUGGAAAAUAUGUCAGCUGAAUACUAUGAGCUUUGCAAAUAUGUUCUCCAGAUGCAGUGGUCGAGUAUGUUUUUCACUUGGAGUUGUCAUAGGGAUCUAAGAACUGAGACAAAAUAAAACCUCCAGUUAUGUCUUCAGUCGUGGUGACGAAAUGAGACAUUCAAAUUAUGUGAUAAUUUGGGUGCAGUUUUUCUUUAUUUCUCUUAUCUAUUGUUGGUUUUCAACCAUGUGACCAAGUUACCAUGAUUUCAUAUCACUGGUGAACAAAAAAAUAAUAGUUUUUUGCAGAAUUUGCAUGAAAAAAGAAUUAAGUUCCCAGCGGAGAGAGAAGCUUCUGUUUUUGUCCACCAGUAAGGCCACCACAACAUCAGCUGAAAAUCAGGAAAACGAAAGAAAGGUGAAAAAAACUACUUAUUACUGUCCCUUUAAAAAUAUUAGGGUGUGUAAGCCUCCUAACGACGUGGACUGGAGCUUUGAUCUCAGUUUACUUCACUCAUCAAAGGUUGGGAUGAUAACAGUAAGAUCCUAAUUGAAUCAAUAGCGGUGUAGCCAUAUCGCCGUCGAUUUGCUGAAGUUUCGUUUUUUUUUUAAACGGCUGAAAAUAUAACUGUUUAGUGGCUACAAUAGAAAAAGAACACGCUUUCUACCAUCCCUUUAGUUUAGUUAUGGGUCACGUUUACUUCCUUUUUAACCCGAACUUGCUCAUUCGAAAUAUAAAAAUGACUUGCGUUUGUCAUAAUCGCGAGAUUUAUCCUACUUACAAAUUUACACCGCGCCUUUUACAUCUAACUUCCAAAAAGAAAUUAGUUUCCUGCGACAAAUAAAACUCCGAUUGCAUCAUAGCAAUAGAAGACAUAAAAGGAAACUAAGGCAAUUUUUUAUUUAUGACUUACCAAGAGCAGACACUGUAUCUGUGUUUGAAAUGUCAUAUGAUGCAUCUUUCGUUUGGACAGCUGACUAUUUGUUUAAUUUCUUGGCAAACAUGAGAUUUGUUCCAUUCGACUUCUUACUUUUAUCGUCAAAUACAUCAAGGGAAGCUCAUGAUUUAAGGGCUUGAGUUGCAUCAAACUUGUCAGGAAAGGAAAGCGGAACGACAGGCUUAUCAAUGUUCCUUUUUAUUAUAUUUCAUAAUGAUUUCAGUGCAGACCAUACCUCGCAUGCUCAGUGAAAGCUAUUUCCUUCUAUCUUCUGUAUCUACAUUGAAGCGUUAAUAAGCAAGAAAAAUAGCUGUAUUAAUAAAGAAAUAAAAUGAAUUAUAGAAACAAAAGGUGACAGUAAAACGUGACUUAGAGAACAGUUUCUAUUUAUAUUUUUCAUAAAUAUUUAUUUUUCAUAGGUAAAAACUCCCACGUAAAGCUACACAGUAUAGUUCCUUUAUUUACCGUUGAUAAAAAUGUUUUUCGUCACGGUGAGUCUGACUUUACUCCUACUCUCAAGAGAGGGACGUUUAUAGGUAACUAUAACGGAUAAUUUUUCAUAACUGCAACAAGCGUACGUAUCGUCAGGUAAUACUUGUAUCAGAGGAUGAUGACAGAAUUUGUUAUAUGAAAGGUAAGGGAAUUAACUGCCAAAAAUUUCGCUUGCUUGUAAUCUCAAAACUACUGAAUGAUAAAUAACACAAUAGGGCCAUUUAUACGAGGAAAAAUAAGACGCGUCUUACAUAGGACGCGUCUUAAAUAAGACGCGAACUUUCCGUAUAAACGGCACAUUUCGUCUAAAAUAAGACGCGUCUUAUUUUAGAACAGCCCUUAACACCUGUUCUUAGAUAAGACGCGUCUUAGCUAAGACGAGAAAAACUUCGUAUAAAUGGCCUUCGCGUCAUACUAAGAAGCGAACGCAUAGUACGCAUGCGUUAAUUUUUGGCGCGCCACGUUGGAUUGCCGUUGCUACGGGCAACAUUCACUCGAAAACGAGUCAAGAACAGAAAUAAGACGGGAACCAUUUAUAGGAGCUGUUCUUGUCUUAUAUAAGACAUGCUCGUACAAAUGGUACAAUUCGCGUCUUAUUUAAGACGCGUCUUACAGUUUCCUCGUAUAAACUGCCCUAAUAUCUACCUCUUUCCCGGUACAUAUCUCGGUUUGCUGAACCUCGGUAACGGAUUACUGUCAGUGGCAAUGAUGGCAAUUUGAUCCAGGAAACAGGUUAACCAAAAAAUUGAAACUGCAUGCAUGUAGUUGUACCCAUAUUCCAACGGCAAUCGUCCCAGGUAUCUAUUUCUACAACUCACUGAUAAACAUAAAAAAGGAUCAGAAACUAAGGCAGAUAGCGAGCUCUAAACUAGCUUGAUUCCGAUCGUUAACGCUAGCAUAUUAUCACAUAAUAAGCACGUCUGAAAUACAUUUAUUUUUUCAAUCUAAUUUACGAAACUCCAUUACCUACCACUUUAGGGCCAACUGUAUGAUUUUGAAAACUAAAAUCAACUUUUAACAAGGCAUACAAAGCUAUUGGGGAGGCAAGUUGCUCAAUAUAUAUCUCAAAUUCAAUAACAAAAACGUGAAAUCGCAUAUGGAGUCUACUAUAACAACAACAGCUACUGCAACCACGAAUAAACAGCACACCACCCAAAUGGCACUUCAGUGCCGUUUUGUUUUCCCCUGUCAAUAUUAUCCUUAUUAGUCUAUUAGUUUGUUGCCGUUAUUAUUUUUUUUUUUUACUCCUAUAGAACUGAUUUUGUCAAUUGUUUGAAAGCAUUUUUCCCAGAGUAUCUUCAUUUUUGUCUCUAGUUAGUUUGUUUUCUGGUUAUUUUAUUAAUUAGUCUUGUAAAUCACCUUUAGACAAAUGUUCCCAAAUGUAUUUUUGUAAACACAAUUAUAACCUUUCGUGCUGGUAGCUGUGUCACAAAACGAGCUUUGACUUAAAGAGGGGUUUGUAUUCUUGCUAUUUUUGAACUUAUUUAAUCUUGGCAAUAAAUUGAAAUCCCCCCUUUGAUAGCCUCCUGAUUAAGGUGACUCGACCCAGUUUUUUUUUUUGGGGGGGGGGGUACCAUCCUACUUUGAAGCUGUCUGGUAUCCCCACCUUUACUUUUAUCGUUAGUCUAACACAUAGAAUGGAUAACAUAUAGAUCAAUCUACAAUAUAACAUAACAUUUUUGGUGAUCGGAGUAAAUGUCACGUGGUUAUAAUGCCACGCCCCUCUGAGGUCUGAGUCGAAAAUCUGCUGUUUCCGGCAUUUUUUCGUGAAAAUCUCUCGGCUACACAUAGUGCGCAGUAGUACCUUGCGCUGAACAGAGUUUCACCAAAAUCGCAAAGACGCAAUUCGAGAAAUUCAGGGGUUUCCAAAUUUAGGUCAUAAUUUAUGCGAAAAUGAUAAGCAAACUUUACACGAUUAUAUCUAAUAAACUAUGAGAGUUAUCCCUUUAUUUGGGGGAUCGUUAUAACAGAUGGGUCCUUGCAAGUCAGCAAAAAGCUUUAGGGCCUUGUAAAUGCGCGCGAUUUCGAGCAAAGCAAACAUAUAGAAAUUAUAGUUUUAGCUAUUUGUUGACGUUUGUCAGUGUUUAACAGUCCUUCUCACGAAAAAGGCAUUUUCUUAAAAAUUCGUGGUUUUUUUCCCUUCAAAUUUUUUCAGGGCCACAAUUAAUUAACUAACUACCCGGAUUCUGAAUUUCAUGGUCAUUGAAAAAGUGUGGCAUUAUCUUCUAUAAGCCCAAACUUGAGUGAACAUUGAAGAUUUUUAGCGUUUUGGCUGAGUUUGUGCUUUGGGAGUUGUCUAUUGUUUCUAGUCUGUCAUGAUACAGCAUUCUUGUUCUGCACGCGUGCAAUGACCGCGCUUGGCUGACUUCCGAAUGCUCAUCGAGAUAUGAUAAUUUUGGUACAGUGAGACAGGCCAUCGCGUGAUACAUAAAGGUUUAACUCACAAUUUUUAAUCAAUUCUCGUUCUUCUUGUGCCUUUGCAAAAAAAUCAAGAAGUGCUACACACUAAAUCUACUUACUAUUAAAAAAAUAUCAUUUUUUCAUAGGUUUAAUGCAAGCCAAUAAUUAAACCAACUCGUGACGGGAAUCCCGUCUAUUUUCUUAUACUAAAUUAUCAUAUCUCGAUGAGCAUUCGGAAGUCAGCCAAGCGUUAUCAUUGCACGCGUGCUGAACAAGAAUUUUGUAUAAUGACAGACUAGAAACAAUAGACAAUGCAACUCCCAAAGCACAAACUCAGCCAAAGCGCUAAAAAUCUUCAAUGUUUACU